AUGUCUCCAAGCCCGUCCCAUAAGCAGGCAUAUUUUGUUUUCAACGCGUGUGAAAUAAAACGUUUGAAGCGGCGACGACGCGUCCGGUCGCCCGGCGCCCCGGCUAGGCGCCCCAGCGCUGUGGGCCGACUGGUCUCCGCAGCGCCCCACGUGGCGGCCGGCAGGGUCGAGCGGGGAGAGCAUAUUUGCUCCGCCUCCGCCGCGCACGGUUGCCCUCCGCAGUUUCCCCGCCCGGCUCUCACCCGACCCUCCACCCAUCCCCCUCCCGGAUCGCGAUGGACGCUGCAUCUCCCAGCCGCCGCCGCCGGCAGCACCACGCGGGGCUCUGAGCAGCUGCAGGGCCUGAGGAGACGCGUGCCGAAGACGGGACGUGAGCUGGCGGCCGCCGGUCUGGGGAACCUCUCGCUUCCCUGUCACCAGGUCCUGGCGGAGGAAGGGGAGGGACGAGACGCGGCUUUUCCUGUGCCGCCUGCCCGGCUCGACCUGCGCGGCCUGCAGCUUCCUGGGAACUCGAGGGCCGCGGCCGGGCCUUGCUCUGCCCGCGGCCUGCUUGGAGCUGGACCGGGGCGGUUUGGGACGACAGGCCCGGGUAAGAGCUUGAGGGAAGGGGAGGCGGGAGCGCCUUGGGCGGUCGGAAAGGCCAGGCGUGGUGCAGGCAUCUGGGAUGCACGGCCGCGGGCCGGGAGCGAGACCCCGGACCCUGGUGAGGUCGGCGGGGCUGCCGCCGACUCACCCGCUUAGCCCCUUUGUUCCCCUCCUCCGGCCCUGCCCGCGUAGGGACCCGGCUUCUCCGAGCUGGAGCUCAUGGCUGGCCCCCCUUGUCCUUGAGAAGGGUUCGCCGCCCGGCGGGGCCAGGGACGUCCCGCCGGGCCUCGGAGU